GACCACUGCCACGGGACGCCGUUGGAUACGGCAUCUAUCCAACGGCCCACGACUGUUCUCAUUUUUUUUAACGAACUGUGGGAAGAGGCGCGCAUGCUGGUCCUCGAAGAAACGGCGCAACCGCUAGCUAGCUGCUGCCAAAAGCAAAAGAAAAAGAGAAAAAAAAAGAGUCCUGCGAAACCAGCAGCAGCCUACACUGGAAGAUCCAGCUCGCCGAAUCGAAGCUCCAGCUUUGAGCUCAGGAGAAAUCGAGCUGCCGGGAGCUGAGCUCAAUUCCCGGAGAGCUCAUCGCGCUUGCCCUAGGGAGCUCCGGGAUUUGUUUCAGCUGAAUUCGGUUGAGAAACGAAGGGAGCUGGACAAGUCGAUGAUGGAUUUCCUAAGCUUGGUGGAGGCCCCCCGGAGCCAGGCAGCUAGCAUCAACGUUAGCAGCGAUACCACCACCAACGAGAAGAACACGGAUAUGGAGGUGGAGAUGGUCGUGGAGGAGGAAGAGGAGGAGGAUAAGAGCAAGCUGGGAGCUCAGGUCAAUGGCCAGUUUAGCGAGCUCGUCGAUAUAGACUUGCAUUGCGACGAGGACCUCGGGCGUGAUUGGUCACCUCCAAGGAACCGUCCUCCUCCGGCUCCUGUUCUUCCUCAGCUUCUUCAAGCCAAGCCGGCUCGAUCAGUUGAGGACGACAGUAGCAUCCAAGUGAAGGUGAUCGAGGAAGUUGUGAUCACGAGCAGCAGCACCGUGAAGUCGUCCGGAGAAGAAGGUGGAGGCGACAAAGAUUGUCUUGUGGUGACGAAAGCGAGCUCGGACGAAGAGGUGAAUGUCAACAGCAGUAGCAACACGGGCGUGCAAGAAGUUGUCGUGAACUCUUCACAGGUCGCGGUAGUGGAAGAUCACAGCAGCAGCAAGGAGCUGCAAAAGAAGGAGCAUUCACUCUACGCUCUACGGAGGAACCCGAAGCGCAGCCGGAGAUUCAUAGACCAGGAGUAUGCUCUCGACAUCCUUCCAACUUCUGGGAGCUCGUCAUUUCAUCCAAUCUCGUCGCCAGUAACUCCUGGCGGCUGCGGAGCAGGAGCAGUGGCGACUCCAAAGAAGAACUCCAGCGCCGCUACCGUCAACAACGCAAACUCCAACUCUUCCAUCUUUGCGGACAAAGCAAGAGCUUGUACCGAGUGUGGCAAGGAGUUCUCGUCGUGGAAGGCGCUGUUUGGACACAUGAGGUGCCAUCCAGAGCGAGAAUGGCGGGGAAUCCAGCGGCCUGACAAUCUCUCCGACUACAAACUAUCCAAGUCAGGAAGCGUUCGCAGAAAUUCCAGCAAGAAGUCGAGGCAAGCACCGCCGCCAGCAGCAGCACCGUCGUCCUUCCUGCUCGACGAUGAUCCAGACGACGAGCUCGAAGCUCUCUAUAUCAAAGUCGUGCCUUCGGAUAACGAGAGUGAUACGGAGAGCAUCGAGGCGGCAUAUAUCAAUGGAAGCUGCAACAGCUCCGGAGGCUUUAGCAGCAAAGGGAAGAUCAUCACUGGGAAACGGUCCAAAAGACCGAGGCAGCCGCCAGCGGAGAUCAAAGAGGAGCGAGACAUGGCAAGGUGCUUGGUGAUGCUCGCCUGCGCAGGACGAAAGUCGAACAGUAGCUUGGGAUUUGAGGACGAAGAUGAGGACGGAGAAGAAGAAGGAGCCGUGGAAGGUGGUCGACAAGAACAUCAGGCAGAACAACGAGAAGAACACGAGGAAGACGAUGGCGAAGAAGGCGCGGAGGAAGAAGACGAUGAGGAAGAAGAAGAAGAGCUCGAGGACGAAGGAACUUCCACGACUAAUAACAACGUAGUCGCGGACUCCACUGCCACGAACAACGCAGUAACUUCAACACCGGACAACGCAAUGGUGGUGCAUGAGAGGAGCAUCGUGAGGAACUGCAGCGCGGUGAACUUUGGAUCGUCCAACGAGAUGAUUGAAGAUUUGGAGGACCUGGAAGAGGUCGGGAUCGACGAGUCCAGCUUGGUGUGCUCUGCUGCGGAGCUCCUGGACCACGACUUUGAUGGGAUCAGGAUGAAAUACGAGUGCUCGACGUGCAAGAGGAUCUUCAAGUCGCACCAGGCACUUGGGGGACACCGAGCGAGCCACAAGAAAGUUAAAGGAUGCUUUGCAAAGACGAGCUUGAGCGGUGGCAGUGAUGGAAUCAUCCAGCCGCAGCAACAGCAGCAGCUUCCAUUCCAGCAGCAGCAGCAAGUGAUCCUCCAUCACCAAAUUCAUCAAGCUCAUCAACUCCAAGCUCACCACCAAGCUUCCCAGCAGCAGGAAAGUGCCGAGGAGGACAUCACCGACGAGGAGUUCUUGAGGUCCGAGGAGCAACUUUUGCCGCUAGACUUCCACCACCAUCACCACCAUCACCACCACCACCACCACAACCACAGCCACAGCCACAUCCACCAUCUCCCGCUGGCGAGCAGCUUUCGAUUGAAGGACGAGUUUAGCUACAGCAGCAGGAAGAUGAGCAUCAAAGGCCACGAGUGCUCGAUCUGCCACCGGGUUUUUACGUCGGGCCAAGCUCUCGGGGGACACAAGAGAUGCCACUGGGGUGGGAGUGAUCGUCCACUGUCGUCGGAGCCACCAUCGCAGCAAGUAGUAGCGGUAACUUCUUCGAUUGUGGCGACGACGAUCGGAGCUCCAGCAUCGAGUUUAUUGCCAGCUCCAGCUCUAGUAGCAGCGGUUGUAAAUCCAGUUCCAACUCUUCCAGCAGCGGCAGUGGCCCCUACUCCAGCAACAACAGCAACAGCUUUAGUUCCGGCUCCUCCAGUUCCAGCGGUGAUUCCAGCGAUGAUCCCAGCAGCAGCGACGGUUGGCCGAGAAGAAUUCGCAGCUGCGAGGGAGGAGUUUUUGGAUCUGAAUUUGCCGGCGCUGGUGGAAGAGGAAGAAGAGUGUGAGGACGAAGACGAUGGCGAAGACGAGCUAGAAGAUACUAGCUUUGUCAGUGUUCCAAGAUGAGAUAGUUAAAGAUAUAAUCCUCCUUGGAUAAAAUCGCUUAUUUGGUU